CAUGAUGUUGUUUUCCUGCAGAAUGGAAAGUGAGCAUGUGAACUUCCUUCCUCUUUUCCUACUAUUACAAUGGGUCUACCAGACCAAAGGAAUACUCUGAGACAGAAGAACGAAAGCGAGAUGGACCUGCUGUAUGUUGCAUUAGUGAAAUUUACCGACGAUUGACAUUUUGGGGAACGUGUGAGGAGCCUGGACAAAAAUUGCCAAGUACUUUCACACCACAGGAUGCCAAAUGUACUUCUGAAUAGGUGUUUGACGAUCAUUCUGACCUUUUCAUGCAAUCUCCAAGUCUGUGUUACUCAGUGCAUUGGCACAGUGUCAGCAACCCGCAAAACUCUGUUUGUGCCAGAAGGGGGCAGCGUCUCUUUACAGUGUGUGGUUCAGGACUGUGGGAUGAACACCUGGACAGGAGGAUGGGGUCUGAUAGAAAGGAAUAAUUUCACUCCCCUCAGGCCAACGUCACGACUCCAUCUGUCUAAUUACACCAUUUCAGCCAACAGAACAUGCCUGCAGGUCAACAUUCAAAACCUCAACCAGUCAGAUUCAGGGACGUAUCAGUGCAGCAUCAUCUGGGAGGGGAAGUACACCAGUCAAGGACAUGUAACAUAUGUCAAUGUGACUACAGGUAGCUAUGAGCACAUCACUGUAGCUGAACUGGCACACAGAAAACUCUCUCACAGGUUGCUGGUUUGUGCUGGUGCCAGUUGUUUUCCUCUGAUUCUGGGGCUGGCCUGCUGUCUGUCCUCCAAACGGCUUCGUUCUCCUCCCGUCCCACCACACUUCAGAGGCACCUCUGCUGCUCGAGUUAAACCAAAAGCAGAAGUGGUAUAUGCCGCAGUGAUACUGAAAAGUCAGAAUCAGCCGAAGAGACCUCAAGCAAGAGAGCCCAUUGUCUACAGCUCACUCAACUUCUCCACAGUCUGAGCAGACAGACUGCUUACACGCUUGGAUGAUGUCAAGAACCUCUUCACACCUGUCAGGUGCUUUGUAAACAUUUUCAUGCUGUGGUUGAGCGUUUAUUCAGGACCAAAAUCCGUAAUGUGAUGAUGGAUUCCUUAUCACAAUCUGGAAUGCUUUUUGGCUGCCUGCUGUAAGUGGUUACACUAACACAACCUUCUACCCUUCCAAGUCUUUGAGCAGGUAUAUUCUACAUCAGGGCUGGAGUGAGGCUCGUUUUCAGACUUGGAGUUGCAUGGUAUAGAGCAGUCUACUCAUACCUGUAUCUAUAUUUUCUGUGCCAUGUUUUUUAGUAUACAAAAGGCAACAUUGUUUUACUCUAUGAGAACGUGUAUCAAAACAUAUAAGCAGUGUGUACUAUCAAGGCCUUCUAUGCCUUCAGACAAGGCCUAAUGAUUUCUGAGAAAAAAUACUUAAAAUUUUGUUUAAUAUAAUUAUCAUACUUCAUGUUUAUAAACUCUAGCAUGAGUAAAUAUCAUAUUGUUAAAUUUUGGUUAAAGUAAAAGGGUUCAAUUCUUCAUAUGCCCAACAAUUUGUUCUCUGUGGUGUCCACGUAGAUACAGCCAAGAAAGCUAUCUCAUUGGUUAGGCCUUCAGGAGAUGAACUGAAGUCCUAACAUUUCAGAUUAAACAUUAACAUAAUUAAGAAACUGACAGAGGAACCAACUAAUCAUGUUUUGAUUUCCAAUGGGUGAGACCAAAUUUGCAAGAAAAAUUGACACUUUAAGCCUUCUGAACAUGUUCUAGAUAUAUCGCUGACUGUAAGUACUAGUGGUAGCCUGAACCAGUGUGUUGUGUUGAGAGGAAAAACAGCAGCAGCUCAGUGCCCAGGCUGAGAAAGAAUCACUGUGGAACUGCUAAAUAUAUGUGAAUGUCUAUUACAAGCUUCAAAUAAAACAUGGAAUGUUUUUUGCAAACUUUAAA